AUGCAGGCAACGUUCUUGUUCAGCUUCCCAGGCCUUCACCGCGAUGUCGCGCUGCGGCUGUUCAUCCCCUUCCCCGAGCAGCGACCCCGCACCACCGCGAACUUUUUAUUCCUCUGCACGGGAGCCCUCCCGCCCGGGGAGAUCCUCCGCGCGCUGAAACUCGAACCGGGGAAGAACGUGGAGUUCCUCGACGUGGCGGACGCGCGGAAGGCGGGGUUGCGCCCGUUCAACGAAACCGCCCUCGUUCGGCUGGAAAAAGGCAGCCUCGUCGAGUUCGGCAGCGCCGCGAGUCGUUCGAUCGUGAAAGGGGGUUUCCUCCCGGAUGAACCCCUGCGGGCGACCGCGGGGGAGGGCGAUUGGCGGGAUCGCCAGGCCGUGGCCUCGAUGCGCGCGUACAAGGCGGGAACUGUUCUGUGUGGAAAUGCCGGGCUCCCCCACACCGGUGGGAGUCGGUAUUAUCUUUUGUUAACCGACUUCGACGGCGACGAGGCGCGGCGGGAGUUGGAGUCGUGUCGCCCGCUCGGGUGGGUCGUGGAGGGGUUGGGGGCCUUCCAAACCGCCUGCGCAGGGGUCGAGGUCCACCCUCGGACCCUCGCGCCGCGGAAAAAAAUCCCCCUCGUCGCCUGCGAGGUCGCCUACGCGUAUCCCGCCCCGGCCUCGGGGGAGAUCGGAGGGGAAAGGACCGGGGUGGGGUCGUCCGCGAGGCCGCCCGCGCGGGAGACGCCUCGCGAGCGCAUCACCGGGCGCGUUCGACCACGCGAGGAGGAGCCCGGCGAGGGCCCCGAGGCGGCGGCGCGCGAUUCGACGCCAACGGAGGGGCAAACCUGCUUUUUCCGUUUCGGCGAAAUCUACCCCACCGGAGGGUCGAUCGGGGGGCGAUCCGUUGGGGGUUCGGCCGCGAAACGCUACCGCGCGGAGCGGAAUGCUGCGCCGGAGGAUGCCGAGGGCGUCCUUCGGACGACGGCCGUUUGGGAGCCCCUUUCUUCAAGCCCCGAGGGCGGAUCUCAGGGGUCUUUUGAUUUUUUCAAAACGCAGGAGGAGGCAUUUAUGAACGAUCUCGAGGUGAUCAAUGAAACACAGAGAAGUCGGCAACAGAACCGGGCGCGACGUCUGGGAAAAGAACGUGCGACCGCGGUCGCGGUGAAGACCGGUGCGUCCCCGCAAGGUGUAAAGAAUAAACGGGUGAAAAAGCGUUAUUAA